AUGGCGAAAUUUAAGACCCCAGAAAUUUCUUGGGUUGCACAAGAUUUAAAUCAAGAAUGGCGUCGAUUCUAUAGGCAAGCAAUGUGUAUUUUUGAAGGUCCUUUACACGAUAAAGAGGAUAGCGUUAAAGUCAGUUAUGUUAAAUUGUGGGUGGGCGAUAAAGGACUUGAUGUAUUCGAAGGAUUUACAUUUGCUGAACCCGCCGAUGCAAAGAAAUUAGACAUUGUAUUAAAGAAAUUCGAGGACUAUUGUACUCCACGUAAGAACUAUAUCAUGGCCGCUUUGAAAUUCAAUGAAAGACGUCAAGGAGAGAAUGAGAGUUUUGAGUCCUUCGUAACAGACCUCAGGAUUUUGGUAAAGGAUUGUGGUUAUAGAGACGAGGAACAUAUGGUUCGUGAUGCAAUCGUGUUUAGUUGUAAACAUAUAAAGGUUCGUGAGAAGUGUAUCGAUUUGGCUGAUACUUUGACAUUAGAAAAGGCUAUUGAAAUCGGACGAAGCCAUGAAACCAAUUUAGUUAGUUUAAAGAAGCUCACGAAAGAGGAAGACCCCAGCAUUAAUGCCAUUAAACAGGAACAGUAUCAUCAGCGGGACCCUCGAAAUCGUCGAUAUUCAAAUAAACGGCAGACAAAGGGAGAAAACCCGAAUGUGGAAGUGGACAGCAUGUUGAAGGAUAGGUGUGGAAGAUGUGGUUUCGAUAAAAGUCACCAGAAAUGCCCAGCAAUGGGUCAACAAUGCAGACGAUGCCAAAAGAUGAAUCACUACGCAAAGGUUUGCCGAGCCAAACCAGUUAACAACGUACAGUUACACAAAAAAGAGGACACUAGUUCCGAGGAUAGUGAUGAUUACUCAUCCUUAUUUGUAUAUGCAAUUGGGUCAACCAUUCCAUCUGAGGACGAACAGUUUUACGAAACUGUUGAUGUAGAAAGUACUAAGGUUAAAUUUCAGUUGGACAGUGGGGCGAAAGCGAAUGUUAUGUCUCUCAAGACCUAUAACAACCUUAAGUGUACAUCUCUCUGCCCACUGAAGAAAACAAAUAUUGUUUUGAUUUCUUUUUCCAAGCAUAAACUAAAACCAUUUGGAGAAGUUGUGUUAAAAGUAAAGUAUAAAGACCACAUAGAAGAUGUAAAAUUUUUUGUUGUGGAAGCUGAAGUUGAAUCUGUCCUUAGUGGAAACACCUGUGUCAAACUUGGUUUGCUGAAGAGAGUUUACCAAGUUGUAAGUCAAAAAGCAGCACCAGAGAAAGUUGAAUUGGAUGACUACCCAGAGCUGUUCAAAGGAUUGGGCUGUUUACCUGGUGAUUAUCAUAUCGAAUUAAAUGAAGGUGCCACCCCUGUUGUUCAUGCUCCAAGAAAAGUACCCAUUCCACAGAGAGAAAAAGUUAUCGAAGAGCUUAAAAGAAUGGAAAGACUUGGUGUGAUUGUGCGACAGGAAGAAGCGACAGAUUGGGUUAACUCGAUGGUCGUGGUUCAAAAGCCUAAUGGUGCAGUGAGACUGUGUAUUGAUCCGAGGGAUUUGAAUGCCGCCAUGAAAAGGUACCAUCAUCCGAUGAAGACUGUGGAUGAAGUCGCCAGUCGUCUCGAAGGUGCUAAUAUCUUUAGCAUAUUGGAUGCGAAGAAUGGUUUCUGGCAACUGAAGCUGGAUGAAGAGUCUUCACUCCUUUGUACCUUCAACACACCAAUAGGACGGUACAGAUUUACAAGGCUACCUUUUGGGGUAAAAUGUUCCCCAGAGAUCUUCCAAAGAACCAUGGAUAGAAUGGUUGAAGAUUUAGACGGUGUGGAGGUUAUUAUGGAUGAUGUAAUCGUCACCGGGGAUGAAACAACGCAUGAUGAACGAUUGAACAAAUUCUUGGAGCGAGCAUCGACGCAAGGGUUAAAGCUCAAUCGAGAAAAAUGUAAGAUUCGCCAAAGAGAAGUGCCUUAUGUAGGGCAUCUCCUCACAGCAGGAGGCUUGAAGAUGGAUCCUCGGAAAGUUGAAGCUAUUCGAGAAAUGCCAACGCCAAAUAACAAAGAAGACGUCAAACGGUUUCUUGGAUUUGUGCAAUUCCUAAGUCGAUAUAUUCCUGGGUUAUCCAAGGUGGAUGCACCGCUGAGAGAACUUGAGAAAGCCGACGUACUGUUUCACUGGGAUCGACCACAGCAAAUAAGCUUUGAGAAGAUCAAGGAAGUUGUCUCACAAUCACCAGUCCUACAGUAUUAUGAUGUCACCAAACCGGUAACAAUCCAGUGUGAUGCAAGUGGCAAAGGAUUAGGAGCAGUGUUACUACAAGAGGGAAAGCCUGUGUGUUAUGCUUCUCGAGCUCUUACGGACAUUGAGAGCAGAUAUGCUGCCAUUGAAGCCAAAAUGCUUGCAGUAGUCUUCGCUUGUCGUAAGUUCCAUCAGUAUAUAUAUGGCAGAAGUGUGAUUGUUGAGACAGACCAUAAACCACUACAAGCCAUCAGCAGCAAGCCAUUGUCACAGGUUCCGUUGCGACUUCAGAAGAUGAUUCUUAACGUGCGUGGAUACGACGUGGAGAUCCGUUAUGUUCCAGGCUGUAAACAAGUAUUGGCUGACACUCUGAGUCGAGCAUCUUUGCCAAAUAACGAACAGGAAAAUUAUGCAGAAUUCCAGGAAGUUCAUACGGUUCUUGCAGUUUCGGACGAGCGAUAUGAGGAAUUCCAGAAGGAAACCAAAACCGAUCCGGAACUACAAGCCGUCAUUACGUUAGUGAAGAGUGGUUGGCCGGACACGAAACAACAAGUUCCUGUCGCAGCCAGACCUUACUGGACAUUCAGAGAUGAAGUUGUAACAGCAGAUGGGUUGCUCUUCAAAGGAACACGCCUAAUCGUGCCAAGAGUUCUUAGACCAGAUAUGCUUUGUCAAAUUCACAAGAGUCAUCUGGGGAUAGUCAAAUGUAGACAAAGAGCCAGAGAUGUAUUAUUUUGGCCUGGCAUGUCAGUACAGAUUGAAGAAAUGGUUACCAAUUGUAGCGUGUGUGCCGAUUAUGCGAAGAAGCAGCCUUCAGAGCCUUUGAAACCAACCGUUCCUCCAAAGUUUCCGUGGGAAAAGAUAGGAACCGAUCUGUUUGAAUUUCGUGGAGAACAUUUUUUGGUUUCUGUGUGUUACCGCAGUAAGUUUCCAGAGGUCACCAAGAUGGAAUCUACAAGAAGUAGUGCUGUCGUAGACGAGCUCAAACGCCAAUUCGGUGUCCAUGGAAUUCCAGCCGAGGUCAUUUCUGAUAAUGGGCCCCAAUACAGUAGUCGCGAGUUCCAAGCAUUUGCAAAAGAGUAUGGUUUUAAACAUACCACCAGCUCACCACUUUCCAAGAGCAAAUGGAGAAGCAGAAAGAGCCAUCCAAACUAUCAAGAAUUUGUGGCGAAAAAAUAA